AUGAGUGACAGUGAGGGUAGUUGUAACGUAACCAUCUGUGGUGGUGGAAGGGUCGGACUCAGUGGUAACGUAACCAUCUGUGGUGGCGGUAGUGGCGGACUCAGUGGUAAUGUAACCAUCUGUGGUGGUGGUAAUGGCGGACUCCUUGGUAGCGUAACCAUCUGUGGUGGUGGUAGUGUCGGACUCAGUGGUAACGUAACCAUAUGUGGUGGUAGUGACGGACUCAGUGGUAACGUAACCAUCUGUGGUGGUGGUAGGGUCGGCCUCAGGGGUAAUGUAACCAUCUGUGAUGGUGGUAGUGUCGGACCCAGUGGUAACGUAACUGUCGGUGGUGGUAAUGACGGACUCAGUGGUAACGUAACCAUCUGCGGUGGUGGUAGUGUCGGACUCAGUGGUAACGUAACCAUAUGUGGUGGUAGUGACGGACUCAGUGGUAACGUAACCAUCUGUGGUGGUGGUUGUGGCGGACUCAGUGAUAACCUAACCAUCUGUGAUGGUGGUAGGGGCGGAGUCAGUGGUAACGUAACCAUCUGUGGUGGUAGUGGCGGAGGCAGUGUUAACGUAACCAUCUGUGGUGGUAGUGGCGGAGUCAGUGGUAACGUAACCAACUGUGGUGGUGGUAGUGACGGAGACAGUGUUAGCGUAACCAACUGUGGUGGUGGUAGGGUCGGAGUCAGUGGUAACGUAACCAUAUGUGGUUGUGGUAGUUGCGGAGUCAGUGGUAGCGUAACCAACUGUGGUGGUGGUAGUGACGGAGUCAGCGGUAACGUAACCAACUGUGGUGGUGGUAGUGACGGAGUCAGCGGUAACGUAACCAACUGUGGUGGUGGUAGUGACGGAGACAGUGUUAGCGUAACCAACUGUGGUGGUGGUAGGGUCGGAGUCAGUGGUAACGUUACCAUAUGUGGUUGUGGUAGUUGCGGAGUCAGUGGUAGCGUAACCAACUGUGGUGGUGGUAGUGACGGAGUCAGUGGUAACGUAACCAACUGUGGUGGUGGUAGUGACGGAGUCAGUGGUAACGUAACCAUCUGUGGUGGUAGUGGCGGAGGCAGUGUUAACGUAACCAUCUGUGGUGGUAGUGGCGGAGGCAGUGUUAACGUAACCAUCUGUGGUGGUAGUGGCGGAGUCAGUGUUAACGUAACCAUCUGUGGUGGUGGUUGUGGCGGACUCAGUGAUAACCUAACCAUCUGUGAUGGUGGUAGUGGCGGAGUCAGUGGUAACGUAACCAUCUGUUGUGCUGGUAAUGGCGGACUCCUUGGUAGCGUAACCAACUGUGGUGGUAGUGUCGGACUCAGUGGUAACGUAAACGUGUGUGUUGGUGGUAGUGGCGGAGUCAGUGGUAACGUAACCAACUGUGGUGGUGGUAGUGACGGAGUCAGUGGUAACGUAACCAUCGUAACCAUCUGUGGUGGUGAUAGUGACGGACUCAUUGAUAACGUAACCAUCUGUGGCGGUAGUAACGGAGUCAGUGGUAACGUAACCAUAUGUGGUGGUAGUGACGGACUCAGUGGUAACGUAACCAUAUGUGUGACGCUGGGAAUGGCGGACUCCUUGGUAGCGUAA